CGCGAGAGGAGUUUUUUUUUGGGGGGGGAGAAACUCGCGGCCGGCCGGGGCCGUUGGCUCAGCGGUGAUUGGCAGGCCGCGCUGGGUGGCUCCCUCGUUUCAGCCUUGAGCGGCCGCCAUUGUCAACUCAACGAGUAGCUGGAGGAGGAAGCAGAAGCGAAGAGCCGUAGUGGCGGCCAAGUGGCAAGCAGGCUCUGAGGGACUGGCAUGACUCUACAAGCAUCCUGCUAUCCAGCAGUCCGACGCUUACUGUAUAGAAAAUGGAAUCAAAGCCGUCAAUAAUUCCACGGAGGGUAUCUACUCAGCCAUCCAGUUCUCGAAGCGCUGGAACAGGAGCUGGAAAUGGAGGAACCAGUUUAACUGACUCAUAUCUUACAAGAGAAUCUUCACUGAGAUUAGAACCUGGAUGCCAGGAAUCCGGCCGCUUACAUAGUUCCAGUAGAGACUGGGCAAUUGGAGAAAGAGAAGCAUAUGAAAGCCCAUGGAAGCUUCCAGCUUCGUCUCCAACUCACUACUCAGGAACACUUGAUCGCCCAUGGUCUGGAAGAUUUUUGGGAAGCAGAAACAGACUGUCUACAUCUUCAUCUUCACAUCUUCCAUCUUCGUGGUUUGGCGAAUCUGAAAGAACUCAGGGACCAUAUUCUUCAAGAAUGCAUAACCAGCAACAGGAUACUGAUUCUAAGAGACCUAAACUUUCUUAUACAGCUACCUCUGGUGUGAGAAGUAAUGGUUUAAACACAAUUUCAGAUUCCCCAUGGAGAUACGGUGAUGUGCCCAGAUCUUCAUCUAUGGUACUUGGAUCAUUAGGAACUGAACUUGUAAGAGAGAGGAGAGAACUGGAAAGAACAGACCCAUCUGUUAGUAGUCUUGUGGACUGUAGUCGCAGAAAUGGAGAUUUCUCAUCUUCAUCAUAUCUUCAGGAAAGAUCUACUCCUUCAUAUGCACAGGGAGCAAGACCAAAAGAGAACUCAUUGAGUUCUUUGAGGCUGAACACAUCCAUGAACCGCCAGUUGCCUUCUGAACAUCAAUCAUCAUUACUCUCUAGAGACCAUAGCUGGAAUUCAAGAUCUAACUAUGUCCCAAGAGAGGUAGAAUCUUCUGAAAGGAAUAUACAGCCAGAUUUUACCCUUGGUGCCAUGAGAAGUGGAACCAGUUCCUCAAGCAGUUCUGAAAGAAUUAUGCCAUCCCAAAGGUCACUAAGUGAGCCUCCUGCAGAUACUGAAGGAAGACGUACGACAAGACACUUGUUGUCUCGUUUAGCUUCUAGUAUGUCAUCAACAUUUUUCUCAAGAAGAUCUAGCCAAGACUCAUUGACUUCAAGACCAGAAGAUUCAUCUGCUCCAAGAGCUCAGUCUUCUACCCAAGCUAGUGCUACUAACACAGCUACAACUUCUGAAGGUACAGAAGCGCAGGCUCCUGAUGUUUCUCAGGGAUUUAGCUUUCUUAGAAGACGAUGGGGUCUGUCAGGUGUUUCAUCAAAUCCUAGUUCUGAUUCAGAAGCUGAAAGUUACAGAAAUGAUUCUGAAAGUAGAAAUUCGGGAUCAUGGCUGUCAUCUUCUCUGAGGAACAGGUGUACACCUUUGUUUUCCAGAAGGCGAAGAGAAGGAAGAGAUGAAACUGCAAGAACCUCUACCUCUGAAACACCUGCUAGAUCACUGCAUCUUUUCAGGAGAAGAGAAUCUGGUGGGGAGGUAUCUCUAGAAGUACAAAAUGAAUCCCUCAGGCCUGCUGCUAGGCCACUGACACCUACAGUACCUAAUGGUGCUACAUCUGUUGCCUCUGGGCCAGAUUCAGUGCAUGGUAGAAGAAAUUCAGGAAUAUCAGGAAUGUUUCCUGGUUCUCUCUUCCGGUUUGCAGUGCCCCCAACUCUGGGGAACAACUUAUCUGACAAUGUUAUGAUAACUGUAGAUAUUAUUCCUUCAAGUUGGAAUCAGCCUGAUGGACAAGAAGAUGACAAGUCCAAAUUACCAUCUUCAAGAGACCCUGAAAGGCUUCAAAAAAUUAAAGAGAGUCUCCUUUUAGAGGACUCAGAAGAGGAGGAUGGAGACUUAUGUAGAAUUUGUCAGAUGUCAUCUACAUCGGCUACUAACCUCUUAAUAGAGCCAUGUAAAUGCACUGGAAGUCUGCGGUAUGUUCACCAGGAGUGUAUGAAAAAGUGGCUACAGUCCAAGAUUAACUCAGGUUCUUCAUUGGAAGCAGUAACUACUUGUGAGUUAUGCAAAGAGAAGUUGCAUCUCAAUCUUGACAAUUUUGAUAUCCGUGAGCUUCAUAGAGCACAUGCAAAUGAACAAGCAGACUAUGAAUUUAUCAGUUCUGGGCUUUACCUUGUAGUGUUGUUGCACUUGUGUGAACAGCGCUUUUCUGAUAUGCUGGGAACUACAAGUGAGGCCAACACACGUGUCCGGUUUAUUAAUCUUGCCAGAACUCUUCAGGCACACAUGGAUGAUAUUGAAACAGCUUCAGAUGAUGAUGACUCUGAAGAUGGUGAUCUCGAUAGGACACUUGAUGCUGCAUAAAUGCAAAUGGAAGGACUAGAUGUUCCACUGACAUAAAUAUCAUCAAUAUGCAUUUGUUUAGUAAAACACACUGAAUACUAUUAGAUUUCUGAAGCAUUGCUGAGUUCAAAAACUUGCUGUUGUACAUUGAUAUCCAGAGACCUGCAAGUGUGUUGUUUCUCCUUGAGAUUAUGACAUGUAUGCCUUCUUCUAAAAUCAGAUUUUUAUGUGUAAGGAAAAUGAUUUCCUUUUAUAAAAACUUCUUACCGUAAUCAGCUAAACUUCUGGAAAACGUUUCUCAACUUUUGCUCUUCUACUGGCACUAAGUGGUUAUAUUAGUGUGUUUGCAAGUUAUGGGGAGGGGGUAAUUCUGUGUUAGCUUUCCAUUAAAAACACCUUUGGGAAGUCUUGUCAUUUUGCUUCCAGUGUUAACAACCAAGGUUGAAUGAGGGAAUGAAUGGGUUCUGUGAAGUUAGUGUUAAGUUUCUAAGUUUUUCUUGAGGAAUGUUUAACUCAAAGCAAUAAACUUGCAAGGGGCUACUAAUAAGCAUUCAUUACGGCUUUUAUAACUAUUGAUUUUGAAAUUGCUGAUUAUAUUUGAUAAUAUUAUGUAGAAGUUCCAGUAAGGAAUUACAGCUGUAAGCACUUGCAUUUCAGCAUUCCUGGAAGGAAUAAAACUUAUGGUUUAGAAUCUUAACUAAGCUAUUUAUCUUAAUGAACCUUUUUAGAACCCGCAUUCACUGCUGAAGCAUUGGUUAUCAAUGUGUUUUUUUUAGUGUUGUCUCUUGUUUGUUAAAUAAAAAUUACAAUGCAUACAAAUGGUCUGCGUUCUUACAAUACAGAGGAUAAUAGUGCUCAAGCUGCCUUCUAAAUCUAACAGGGCAAGGUACAUUGUGUAUGUAAGUUCUUGAAAUUCUGUUCCUACUGUCUUGUUUGUAAUGGAGUUUCUCUCAAUUUGGUGCAGUAGCAUGCGGUGAGGUUUCCUUUGCUGCUGUUGAACUUAAGACACAUCUAAUUCUUGAAAUCCAUUCCUUACACACAGCAUGUUACUGUUCAGGUUAUAUUAAUAGAGCAUUGUCUGCUUGCACAGCUGCAUUGUGUAGCAAAGUUUGGAAUACAGUUUUGGAAGGGACUGUCAAAUGAGGCACAACUAUGCUGUAUGAAAAUGUCUUUUGAUUGAAUGCUUCAAAAUGAGUUGAAAACAUUGUGGUAAAGAGGUUAUGAUACCAAAGAGCAUGAGUUCCUUAUGCACACGUUUUCCCUUUCUAGCUAAAGUUAGUCAUUAAAUACCUUACCUGAAUUCCAUUCUGUCGCCUUAUUUCCACUGCAUAUUACCCCUAUUCACGUGUUACUUGUUGUAGGGGAUAGCCAUGUUUACUUGACAGCAGGGUCAUGUUUUUGUCCCUGCACUUGACAGUAUGUCGCCUUCAUCUAACAAAGUAACAUGCAAUUGUCUGGAAAGCAGCCCCAGUGGGUGAGCUCCUGGUAAUGUAUAAAAGCUCAGGGCAGUUGAGACACCUACACAGCCAGGUGUCCUGAUUGUGUAAAGCUCCUAAAUAUUGGAGUUGCUUUACAGAUUACAGACAAUCAUAUGCAACCCAGUUAUUAGAGGAAAUAAAUUCAGUGGGUGUGGGGCUAAAAUUGCAUGGCUGUGCUAUACAUGCACUUAACAUAUGGAUAGGGCUAUUUGUCCUAUUCUUGGGCAGCUGUUUGCCAAAAGAAGUAUAGAGCUGGGUGUCAGUGUACUGAUAGGAGUAGGCUCCAAAUCGCCAAACAACUUUGCCCAGUGCAUUCAUGUAGAUGUGAAAGCGUAAAAGAUGAGAGACCAAGUGAUAGAGCACGAGAUUGCUCUGUGGAACUGAUGCAUGAAAGUUCCUAUGGGAAACAGCUUUAGUCUCCUAGUACUGUAUCACCUUCUGAAAUCUUCCUGCAGGGAAGGAGGAGAGGCUGCCAUUCCUAAUUCAUUCAGGUAUUCCAUAAGGAUAGGAUGGUUGAAGGUUUUCAACUAAAGACUAUAUCCAGAUGCUGUGCUUCUUUUCCCUCCCUAGCUACUGCUCUAUCCAUUGUGACUCUAAAGAGAAUCUCUGUAGUAGCACAAAGAACAGGGUAACAAAAGCCUUCCUGUGCAUACAGCAGCUAGCUACCCAGUUUGAAAAAUGCAAGUGACCAGGAUAAAAUUUGACAUAUAUUCUUAUACUGCAUCUAUGUAAGAACUCUUUAUA